AGGAGGACUACACCAUGCUGGCUCUGAUGACUUCUUCUACGUCGGCGGGAGUGCCCACACGGCUGACCUCCCUGGCUCCCCGGUCAGCAAUAACUUCAUGGGCUGUCUCAAAGACGUGGUCUACAAGAACAACGAGUUCAGGCUGGAGCUGUCUCGCCUGGCUGCAGAGCGGGACCCUCAGGUCAGUGUUCACGGUGACCUGACCUUCCGCUGUGAGGACGUGGCGGCCCUGGAGCCGGUCACCUUCGACACRCCCGCCGCCUACCUCACCCUGCCCARGUGGAAMACCAAGAAGACYGGCUCCAUCUCYUUUGACUUCCGCACUACGGAGCCCAGCGGCCUGCUGCUGUUCAGCCACGGUGACAGGCGUCUGCAGGGCCCAGACAGACAGCCGGAGAGGCAGCCCAGGGCCGACUACUUUGCUAUGGAGCUCCUGGAYGGCUUCCUCUACCUGCUGAUGGACAUGGGCUCUGGCAGCAUCAAGAUGAAAGCCAGCAACAAGAGGGUCAACGAUGGGGAGUGGUGCCACGUGGACUUCCAGAGGGAGGGGCGCAUGGGCCUGAUCUCAGUGAACAGCCGCGGCAUACCAUUCUCUGCUAACGAAGGCAGUGAGAUCUUAGACCUGGAGGGUGACAUGUACCUCGGGGGUCUGCCCGAGGCACGCCAGGGCYUCAUCCUCCCCCCAGAAGUCUGGACGGCCCCCCUCAACCUGGGCUACGUGGGCUGCAUGCGUGACCUGUUCAUGGAUGGGCGGAGCCGGGACCUGAGGAGACUGGCAGAGAUCCAGAGUGCCUCUGGAGUCAGCAGCUUCUGCACCAGGGAAACGCACAUCAGGUGUGGCAGAGACGUCUGUGCCAACGGUGGGCAGUGCCGCGAGGGCUGGAACCGUCAUGUGUGUGACUGCACCAGCACGGGCUACCUGGGCCCCAACUGUGAGAGCGAGGCCACGGUGCUGAGCUACGACGGCAGCAUGUACCUGAAGGUGACGCUGCCAGUCAGCAUGCACAYGGAGGCCGAGGACGUGGCGCUGCGCUUUAUGUCCCAGAGGGCCUUUGGGCUGCUUGUGGCCACUACCUCCCAGGACUCAGCUGACACCCUGCGUCUGGAGCUGGACGGGGGCCGGGUCAAACUCACCGUCAACCUGGAUUGUAUCAGGAUAGACUGUAACCUCAGUAAAGGCCCAGAGAUGCUGUUAGCAGGACAGAAGCUGAACGACAAUGAGUGGCAYUCAGUGAAGGUGGUGCGUCGCGGGAAGAACCUGCACCUCUCUGUGGACAACGUGACYGUGGAAGGCCAAAUGACCGGUGCCCACACUCGCCUGGAGUUCCACAACAUUGAGACGGGCAUCAUGACCGAGCGCCGCUUCAUCUCCGUGGUGCCAUCUAACUUCAUAGGGCACCUGCAGGCCCUCUCGUUCAAUGGCGUCCCCUACCUGGACCAGUGUAAGAACGGAGACAUCUCCUACUGCGAGCUCAACGCCCGCUUCGGCAUGCGCCGCAUCGUGGCUGACCCUGUGACCUUCCACAGUCGGGCUAGCUGCCUGGCCUUCUCCACCCUGCAGGCCUACGCCUCCAUGCAYCUCUUCUUCCAGUUCAAGACCACCAGCCUCGACGGCCUGCUGCUCUUCAACUCUGGAGACGGCAGUGACUUCAUCGUUGUGGAGCUGGUCAAAGGGUACAUUCAUUACGUGUUUGCCCUGGGCAACGGCCGUCGCUGAUGAAGGGCAACUCUGAGAAGCCACUCAACGACAAACAGUGG